AUGUUAUCGAAGCUAAAACCCCUCGCGACAAAGCUGGCAUUCCUAGCCGGCGGGGUAGCUGCCUCCAUGAUACGGGGUAGAGUCGGUGGAGAUAUUUCUCCGGUAUAUCCGUCAUUAUCGGGGAUUGAACCGCCUCCGCUACUGGAUAGGUAUGCUGAACUAAAGAGACUAUUUACAGCUGGGCGGGAAAGGACCCUGACAGAGUCCCGGGAGAGGCGAUUGCUCGAUCUUGGGAAGGAGACGGCUGUGGUGAGGACGUCUGAGGGUGAUGUUUGCCUCUCUUUAUCCCACCGAUUCUGCGUUUUCCUUCAGCAGAGCGGGAAGUGGGGGAGGGGUUUUGUUAAUGAGUUGAUAUAUUAUUCCACAAGUCGAGUUCGAAGACCUCUGCAGUCUCUCCAAGGAGGAAACGGUAGAGAUUAAGAAACGAGGUGCUGUGGUUCUUAAGAAUGUCAGCCCAGAUAAGGAAGCUCUAGUAAUGAGGGAGUCCCUGAAGGCACACCGGGCCCAAUACUUGGGCUCAAGGUUUCCCUCGUCCAUAAGUACAUCACUAUUGAAAGCUGACAAGCUCAGCCUUCCCCGCCGACUCGCAGGCAGUCUACGAAUUAUACUCGUCCCCAGAUCAGCGUGCUGCAGAGCCCAUCCAUCUCCCGUGGCGGACACCUCCGUGGCCCUACCCUACGCCGACCGCUUCCGCAUCCGCCAGUCGGGCGAUGCAGGAUUUGCUCUUAGGGCACACUUUGACGGUGGCAGUGAGGAGUAUGAUUCGUAUAACGCAGAUCAUAGGGUUUGUGCAAAGAUGGGUUUGUGCGAUGGGGCUGGCAACAGCGGAGUCUGA